AUGAAUACAUCAUUGAAUACUCGCGAUACAAAUCUAACAUCAAUAAUUAUCGAAGGAAUCAAUGCCAGCGAAAUAAUUAAUAGUACAGUAACGACAAUAACUACGAAAACAUCAACAAUAAAAACAAGCACGAGUAUACUGUUUCGUUUAUUUAAUGGAACACGAACCUACCCUUUCCUGAGACAAUCAGUGGCAACAACAACAACAUCAUCAUCGUCGUCAUUAUUAAACAAAUAUUUUAUUUUAAAAUCCCAAUUUCAUCGUGAUUUACGUUAUGGUGAAUUAGCUAUAUUAAGUUUAGCAUUACCAUUAUAUGCAAUUGUCUUUAUACUUUUUAUUCGAUUAACUGUAUCACGUAUAAGUAGAAAUACUGCUAUAUCUGGUGGUGGCUCACGUAGUCGUAGUCAACGACGUCGACAACGCCUGCGCAGUCUUAUAUGGACAUCGAAUUAUUUACUUGUUGAUUUUCUUAAUCUUUUAAAUGAGCUUGCUUAUGUUGUUGUACAUACAACAGGUCAAUUACGACUAAAAUCGUUUGUCGGUCGUUUUUAUUGUCAAUUGCAAGUUUAUGUUCCAUUAUAUUUAACUGUACUUAUGGCAUAUAGUUUGACGGCUAUAUCUAUUUAUCGUCGUCGUCAUUUUGUUAAUUUGAAUAGUCAAGUAGCACGAUCAAAUAUGAGAAGUAUUUUGUUAAUGAUUGCACUAUGGAUCCUACCAAUUCUAACAUCGAUUAUUCCAACUUUUUUAUUAGCAUAUUUUAAGAUUUUAAAAGUAACUCAACAUGAAACAACAAAUCAAUGUCAAAUUUCUUAUACAUAUGAAUCAAGUGUUGAAGCUGUAUAUAUAUUUUAUAGACUUGGUAAUAUAUUUCUUUUGCCAAUAUCAAUCUCAUUGGCUUGUUAUAUAAGAAUUUAUGUUGAUUUAAUACGUAUGCAAAGACGUUUUAACCGAGUAUUUAGACGACACAUACAUAUAAGAAAAAAUCUUAUAUCACAAAUUCUGUUUUUAUUUCUUAAUUUUGCUGUCUUUUGGUUACCUGCUGAAAUGAUAAUGUUUUAUACAAAAAAUCAUCCGCUUAAAGACGCGAUGCAAGUAACGAAAUCUUUAAAUAUUCUUCUCGACCCAUUAAUUAUUUUUGGUUUCGAUACACGCUACUCAUCAGCUGCUCGACAAUUCUUGUUAAGAUGGCCUUUCAAUCAGUUUUUGUGUUUAUUUAAUAUGAAUCCUGGCCUUAAUUCUUCAACAUCAACUUCAGCAACAAUGGGAAAUCGUUUAAGACGCUCACGUCAACCACCUAGUCAACCGGUGGCAACAGUUACUACAUGGAAUAUUGCUAAUAACGAUGAUAUUACUAUUUUAGAAUCAGUAUCGAAUCAUUCGUUGCACGUACCAAGAAUAAGACGGCAACAACAGCAACGAUUAAUAUCUCCAUCAAAUCGACGCCAACCAAUAAAUAGAAGACCGAGAUCAAGACCAAGACGUACGCAUAUCGUUGAAAAUCAUGUUUAA